GCCGCGAGAGGGCGAUAGAGCGCUCUGAUAGGCCGAAAGCAGAAAUGAAAGUUGUUCAAGUGUACAGAACGAUUAACUAAACGUUUAGUAAUAACUCUAUUUAAAUGGCGUUUACUUUAACAUUAGUUGUUUUGAUAAUUUACCAUGAACUGCUCACGGGAUCCAACAGCGUCGAACUAAUAAGGAAAAAUCUGACGGACGGAGACCGACUGAAGACGUUUCAGCGAGGACAUGAAAACAAUGAGCAGAGACGGAUUAAUCUCCAGAACUCACUCGAGAGACAAGCCUUUCUGAAUUCAGUACUGAAGAGAUCAAACCAGUCUGCCCAUUACGGCAUCAACCAGUUCUCGGACUUAUCUCCACAGCAAUUCAAAGAGCGAUAUCUCACAGCCCGGACUGAGACGGCUCCAAAGUUUGACCCCUCUGGGACUGGAAUUAAAGUUAAGAUUAAUUAUCCACCCAAGUUUGAUUGGAGGGACCAUGGAAUUGUCGGACCAGUCCGGAACCAGGAGUCGUGUGGAGGAUGCUGGGCCUUCAGUGUGGUGGAGGCCAUUGAAACGGUAUCUGCUAAAGAUGGAGGAAAGCUGCAGCAGCUCAGUGUGCAGCAGGUUAUAGACUGCUCAUAUGAAAACGAGGGCUGUAAUGGCGGAUCUCCUGUUGGAGCUCUGGAUUGGUUGGCACAGACCAAACUGAAGUUGGUGAAUGAGGCGGAGUAUCCCUUCAAAGACCAGGCUGGGAUCUGCCAGUACUUUCCUCAGUCUCACGCUGGAGUGGCAGUGAGGAAUUACUCAGCGUAUGACUUCAGUGGACAGGAGGAGGUGAUGAUGAGUGUGCUGGUGGAGUCAGGGCCUCUUGUUGUCAUUGUGGAUGCCAUCAGCUGGCAGGAUUACCUGGGUGGCAUCAUUCAGCACCACUGCUCCAGCCACAAUGCCAACCAUGCCGUUCUGAUCACCGGUUAUGAUACCACAGGUGAAGUGCCGUAUUGGAUAGUACGCAAUUCAUGGGGGACCUCAUGGGGUGACAAUGGAUAUGCUUACAUAAAAAUAGGGAAUGACAUGUGUGGCAUUGCGGACAACGUUGCUGCUGUUUUUGUGUAAUUGUCAAUAAUCUUUGUACUUCCGUGAAAAGACCAUGGCAGAUCGACAUUUUAAAAUAUCACUCUCAAGACGGAAAUCCUCCGGUGUAGCUGAUGAGAAUUGCAAAAAUUCUCACGGGGGUGCGGAUAACAAAUCCUAUUGCCUCUCGAAUGCAAAGCAAGUACGCUGCUAUUUGAGCUAAUACACCACAUUCCUAAUCCCAGCAACUGUAGCCCAAAAUAAUCGCAGUCAGAGCCAGAUUCUAUUUUAGUUAUACAACACACACCAGCUAGAUCUGUCCAUAAGGAUGUUUUAAUCUAUAGAAAACACUGAUAGUGAAUACAAGUGCACAACGUUUUGUAUUGUGACAUUGCACUGAUAUAGGACACAAGUGAACUCAUCUGCAAAAAUGUGAAAAUAUAAUUAUAUGUGAAUACUAAUUACAGGCCUGAAGAGUUUUUAAAGAAAAAGUGCUUAUUACUACAGUAUGUACCAGAUAUUUAAAUAUUUCUGCUUUUAUAAACAUUUUUAACUACAAAGUGUACUUUUUUGCAUUUGCUAAUGCAUUUUAAAAAUAAUCUGAAAUUUAGUAUAUAACUCUAUGUAUAAAUCUAACUCUAGCACUCUCUAUUCUAAUUAUAUUCUUUAAAAAAGCAUGCCUCUUUUAGAUUUGCACUCUAUUAAUUUACUAACAGCUUGUUUUCUUUAAAAAGAAAGAAACUAACACUAGCCUUUCUUAUCUUUUUGUUUUCUAUCUAUUUGAUUUCUUUUUUGGAUUAUACAAUUAACAAAAGCAAAAAAGGCCUCUAACACUAGCUUGCUCUAUCUUUUUUUAUUAGUUUUUUAUUAUAUGAUUUAAAAAAAACCUUGCUACAUGUACUGCAUUAAGCUAAGUGAGACUGAUAGCACUUGCAUAUCAUUGCUCUUUUGUUGAUUUUGAUUGGUUUUAUUGUUCUCAUUUGUAAGUCACUUUGGACAAAAGCGUGUAAUAAAUGUAAAUAUAAACUAUUCUAUCCAAGUUUACAUUUUGACAAAAAACAUUGACUCUUUUUUUUUUUCAAAUAAACAAGAAGUUUCUCUA